AUGUCCCCUUCUCCCAGCGACAUCCCCGUCGCACGCUCCCAGUCGCACCAUCCCUCACCGACCCAUCAUCAGCAGCACCGAUACGAGCCUGACUACCAGGCCGACCGCCAACACCAAAAGCAGCACCCCCAGCAGCAUCCCCAGCAGCACUCGCACUCGCACUCGCAGCAUGGCCACCAAUCCUCAUCCAAGAGCCGCAACCUCUUUGGCCCCUACCGACUGCUGCAGACCGUCGGUGAGGGCGAGUUCGGCAAGGUGAAGCUGGCCAUCCAUACCCAGACCAACAAAGAGGUCGCUGUCAAGCUCAUCAAGAAGGAUAAAAUCGAGAGCCCCAGCCGCCGAGCCAAGCUUAUGCGAGAAAUCUCCAUUCUCGAGGAGCUCGAGCACCCCAACGUCGUUAAGCUCUUUGAAGUGAUCGAGACCGACCAGUAUAUUGGCAUGAUCCUUGAAUACGCCUCUGGUGGAGAGCUGUUUGAGCACAUUCUGGCGCAUCGCUAUCUCAAGGAAAAGGAUGCCUGUCGCUACUUUGCCCAGCUGAUCUGCGGCGUCCGAUACUUGCAUGGCCGCAACAUUGUCCACCGCGAUCUGAAGCUGGAAAACAUUUUGCUUGAUAGCCAGCGCAACAUUAUCAUCACCGAUUUUGGCUUUGCCAACCGCACAAAUGCCCGCCAGGAUCAGCUGCUUGUUACUUCGUGUGGCAGCCCCUGCUAUGCUGCUCCCGAGCUUGUCAUCAGCGACGGAUACGUCGGUGAAGCUGCUGACAUGUGGAGUUGUGGUGUCAUCUUGUAUGCUAUGCUCUGUGGAUACCUUCCCUUUGACGACGAUCCAAGCAACCCCGACGGCGACAACCUGAACCUCCUGUACAAGUACAUUCUCGAAACCCAGCUGGACUUUCCCGAAUACGUCUCGGAGGACGCCCGAAGCCUUUUGCGCCGCAUUCUGGUGCCUGAUCCCAAGUACAGGGCCAAGAUGCCCGAGAUCAUGGCUCACCGCUGGCUCGCCCCUUAUGCCCAUCUGUUCGAUGAGGACGAAAAGGUACAUUGGUAG